CGAAACCAAGCGGAGAGAGAGAGAUGGCAGAGUUGUUCUUGAAGCAAGGGAAGCAUUACGCGGCCGGGCGGCCAAGUUAUCCAGCGGAGCUUUUCCGAUUCAUCGCAUCCAAAACGCCGUGCCACGACCUCGCAUGGGAUGUCGCCACUGGAACCGGUCAAGCCGCUUCAUCGUUAGCUGGAAUCUAUAAGAAUGUGAUAGCUAGCGAUGCCAGCCAGAACCAACUUGAUUUUGCACCCAAGCUCCCUAACGUGCGCUACCAAUGCACUCCUCCCACCAUGUCCACGGCCGAGCUCAACACCUACAUUGCAGCCGAGGGAAGCCUUGAUCUUGUAACCGUAGCUCAAGCUAUGCACUAUUUCGAUCUUCCUAUUUUUUACGAGCAAGUCAAACGGUUGCUCAAGCCUUCCCAUGGAAUAUUGGCUGCAUGGUGCUACACCAUGGCUGAAAUCAAUGACAGCUUCGACGCCAUCUUCCGACAAUUUUACUUGGUCGAUUGUUCUCCGUUUUGGGAUAGGGCACGUGAGCUUGUGGAUAACAAAUACACGACGAUUGAUUUUCCAUUUGAGCCUGUGGAUGGAACCGAUCACACGGGGCCUUUUGAGUUUGCUUCUGAGAGGUUGAUGGAUUUGGACAACUUCUUCACAUUCAUAAGGUCAUGGUCAGCGUAUCAGACUGCAAAAGAAAAAGGGAUUGAGUUGUUGACGGAUGAUCUGAUCAACAAUUUCAAGCGCGCUUGGAGUGAAGAUGGCAAUGAUCGUAAGAUGCUCAAGUUUCCAAUUCACUUGAGGAUUGGAAAAGUUACAAGUUUGAACUAGCUAGAGUGAUCGAUUAAAUGCUAGCUACUUGGAAUUGAAUCAUUGAUAUUUCAUCAAUGGUUUCACAAAAUAAAAGCAAAUAAUAUGACUGUCAUUUAUGUUUGAAAAAUUAAUUAGCAAGUCGGAGUUUGAUGUACGUAGUUUUAUAUUAUUAUAAAAUUAUAUUAAAAUUUAAUA